AUGAAUCAAAACCCGGAAAGAAAUUAUCCAGGCGGAUUCGAAACUUGUACCUUUUUUGCCCCUACAAAUGAAGCUUUCGAGGAUGACCCUUUUGUCACCAAAGAUCGUAUGCUCUACCAUAUUUUGUAUGAAGAGAUUAAGGGUGAAGAGUUUUUUAAUGGUCAGCUCUUAACAACACGUUAUGAGAUAGCUGAGAAGCUUGGUGAUGGUAAAGUUGGUCAGAAAUCUAAAGUUGAGAAAGUUAUCGAAAAACUGGGACAGGAAGUAACGUAUGUUGGGAAUGGGAAAAUUAUCCAGACUGAUCUUCAAGCUGACAAUGAUUCAAUUGACCAACUGCAGAUUUUCACUUCCUAUCUUCGCAUUAUGGAUCUUGAUAAUAUUAUCAAAGUUGGAAACCAUAUUACUGUAUUCGCUCCAACAGACGAUUCAAUUACUAAAAAUCUUAAGCAUUUUGAGAGAGAAUUCCUUACCGGUAAUUGUGGUGGUGGUUACCGGGAUCUGGAUCGUCUUAUUAAACAUCAUUUACAUUAUGAGGAUGUCUUGUAUACGACAAAUUUUACUCGCGAAAAAUCAAAGGGUGAACCCCUUGAAGUUGUACGUGAUGAGAAUGAUGUUAUUCAUGUUGCAAAUGGCUUGAUCAGCUAUAAAGAUUUGUUAGCGCAUAAUGCCACCAAAUUUGUUUCUGCACUUAUCAAAUAUCGUUUACAUCAUUAUAUCGAAGAUUUAGAGACUCCUUAUACAAUUCUUGCCCCACAAGAUGAUUACUAUGACAGCAGUAUUUUUGAGAAUUUGGGAUCCGAAGAUUUGAAAUAUCAUAUUCUCCCCGGAAAAUAUAAAAUUCACGACUUUAAAGAUAAAAUGCUUGUCAAAACCGAAUUGAUAACUGAAGAACUGAGGAACAAAAGUCAAAGAAUUAGUGUCUCUGUUAAAUCAACAUGGGCCAAUGAACAAAAAGGCGAUAUCCUUCUUGCAUUCAAUGAGGUUUAUGUUAUCGGGGAUCCAGGUAUACAGCUUAGUAACUUUGUUUCGGCUAUUUAUGCAAGUGAUAUGUUAUCAACCGUUGAGUCAAGCAAAGGUGUCUCGGUGUUUGCUCCAACUAAUCUCGCUUUUAGCAAUCUUGAUCUUCUCAUUCCCUACUUUUUGAGCCCUUAUGGUAAAGAUGAUUUGCGUGAAGUUGUCAUGUUUCAUAUGUUGAAUGAUACUGUGUAUACUGAAGAUAUUCCCCAAGGAGAAACACAAUAUACCGCGAUUGAUGGUUCCCCGUUGAACAUUACGCGUAAUGAAGAUCAUAUUAAAGUUAAGAUCGAAAAUGGUACUGCAGAAGUUAUUCAGAGAGACAUUCUUACUUCAACAGGUGUCAUGCAUGUAGUCGACGCUGUACAAUUGCCACCAACAUUGCACAUCACAGUGGGUAAGAUUCUCAACGGGAUUGGUGCUACUAGCAUGUUGGAAGUUUUCAAAAUUUCAAAUCUAUCAGAAAUUCUUAGUGAUCCAGUAGAACCAUUCACUAUUUUUUCGCCCACUAAUGAUGCGUUUAGAAAAAUUAAUAUUACGAAAUUAAUGAAUGAUCCAGAUAGAGUCUCCCGCUUAAUCAGAUUACAUGUUAUACCGCGCAGUGUUGGCAAUCUAAGGGAAGGUAAAGAACUUAAUACUAUGUUAUCUGAUGACGCGAAACUAGUUGUAAGGAAAGAUAUCUUAUUUGGUGGUUACAAAAUAGAAGUUAAGGGUGGUUUCUUUGAGGAUAGCGCCAGGAUACUUGGCAAAGGUGUAGCUUGGAAUGGUGGUGCGGUAUACGAAGUUGAUAAAGUAUUAAAACCAGAACGUACUUUUCCGCAUAUUGGACGUCUGUUCUUUUUCGUUGUUUUAGGAUUAUUGGCAUCUAUAACUCUAUGCACAUUAGGUGGUUAUAUCUGGCACCACUGGUAUCUUUAUCGAAGACGUGCUGGAGCUGGAUAUACGCCAAUCGGUCCAACUGAAUAA